CAGUUUAAUUAUCAAAUAUAGUGCACUGGGUCGUCACCCGCUUUUAGAUCCUCCUAGCGCUUCCCUCUAGACGUCAGCUUCGCUAUGAUUCCCCCUUGGACGUCACUAGAUUCUACUCCAGGUCGACGUGUUUUCUAUCGUCCACUCGGAAUCACCGAAUCAUCCUUCUAUUGGGAUAGCGUUUUUAACAGCACAGCAGAUAUCGUGGUGCACGUACACCUUCGCACCAUACAGACAGAUGACCGAGACAUUCAUUCACAACUGAAUGUCAUGCGUUCUUGGGGAUCUGUCAAAAGACGCUUUCCCCUCAUUGCGGCUGAAGUUCUAGAGCAUGAGUCUGGUCCAAGCUUCAUUCUGCGUGAAGAAGCGGUCACAAAUCUUCGACCCGAUGAUGUCACAUUCAAGGAGGUCAAUUCCUUUCACCACGCUGAAUGCCUCAUAAACGAAAUCAUGGAUGGACCGCGAGUCCUUUCAUCUCAAUUGCUUGCUCGUGCCUACAUUUUGCGCCGAACAGACAGGAGUGACCAUUUCCACAUUGUGCUUAUGUCCGCUCACUGCGUCACGGAUGCACCGUCCAUGAGCACAGUUCUUAGGACGUUCAUAGACACACUGUCAUCUCGGAUUGAACCACCAUACAUUCCUCUGGGCGAAAGAGUGCAUAUGUAUCAGCCUUUAGAGAACCGUUUGCGUUAUGGGGAUAUUCCGCUUGUCAAACAACGGUGGAGGCGGGCUUUAGGCUAUGCAAUUUUCACGGUGUGGAUGUCUAAAUUCAAGGGUGGUCACACCCUCCCCGGAAACUUCAGGGAAUCCACACCUCGUACACCCGCUAAAUCACGCAGCCACGUCUCUAUGUUUUCUAGCCAAGUGUCAUCCAUCAUUCUCUCCAAUUGCCGUCGCCAUAAAAUUACCAUGAACAACGCGUACUAUGCUCUCAGCCAAGUGGCCCUGGCACGCGUUCUAUGUCGACGGUACCUCAAGGGUCAGAUCUCGAAAGAAGAAUGGGAGUACAGGAAGCGCCAACCCAUGCACCUCUCCGGGGGGUUGAACUUGCGUCCAUACCAAGACAGAGACUGGUUCCAGACGGGCGGCUCAGGCGAUAUUGGUAUCAAUAUCAGCUUCUUCUGGUACACACUUCCAUUCAUGCCCCUUGGCGAGAUGUCGAAGGGGGAUGCGAGCAAGCUGGAACUUGUCGAUGGGGCACCGGACUUCCCGGCGCUCAUGUCUUUUGACCGGUUUCUUCUCCGGUGCGCUAAUGUGAGGGCACAAGCCCAGAAAGUAUUUAACCACCCGCGGUUCGUUGAUAUAUGUACCGCUGGACAUGAUCGUGUUGCUUCAACGAGGGAAGUGGCGUUGAAGUGGCUAGAGACGAGAGAUAGCGUUUUUCCAGAUGAUGGUCAUGAAAGUGCAAGACCCGUUCAGUCUUUGAACCCGAUUGUCACACAAUUAGGAUCCACCCUUGGCAACGUGGAUAACGUGUUACCCCUGGACUAUCCUCUACCUCCUGAUCAGGAGCUGUCACCCCUGUGCAGUAUGCCCCAUCCCAAUCGCACGGGAUAUCCAGCAUGGUCCCCCCCUGCUGAUGCCGUCGAGGACGCCAAAACACCACGACUCCAUAUUGAGUUCUGGCGUGUCCAUCUUCAUGCGCAUCCUGCGGAGCUCUAUCUUGCGGCGUCUUCUAUGCACCAGCAGUUACACUAUUUUACUUCCUAUGAUCAGCGCGUUUUCAGCGAGGAGACCAUGCAGGAGUGGAUGCGUGAGCUCAAGGAUGCUACGUUGUGGUAUCUGGGUCAGUCUCAUGGCGAUGAAACGCGUUUACAGAGUAAACUUUAGUCAACACAACG